AUGGAAGCCAGACGUCAGAGUGAUGUGUGUGAGAUAGAGGCGAGGGCGAGGCUGUAUGUCGGUGAGACGGAGAAGAGGCCGACUUUGCAGGCCGUGUAUGUAGACGUUGGUUGGACGAUGAUAGUCUGUUACUUUGUGUAUGUACGAACCAAGGUAGAGACGGUAGAGACAGCGCAUAUCAAAGCAGACAAGACUUUUCGACUUCUCGUCGAGGAACAGCUCGGGCAGGGCAGGAUGGAGGAGCAGUUGGUCCAAUCGAGGGCUUCGUUGAGCUGGUACUGCCGGAGUAACCAGUGGAUGUUGACGCCGGAGCUUAGACAUAAACAAACCGACACAGGUGGGGCUGUCCCUAGAGACUACGUACCCUUUACAAGGUUUAGUGGACUAUCAGAGGAGUGCAAGGCAGCCGAGGGUUCCAGACCAAGUUCGACACCAGGGACAUCUGGCGCAAUCCGCAAGGAAAAAACAAGACUUGGUGUCAAUAUAUGUACGGAGUAUACGGAGUAUAUGUAUAUGCAUCGGGACGUGGGUAGGAAACUCAUGAAAAGUAACAGACUCUCUCCAUCCACGCAGCAGGUUAUUUACCAGGCUGACGCAUACGCAUACUCAUAUCGUCCGUCUGUCGCUCCCCCAAAUCUCCCCGAGGCCGUGUUCCCCAAGACCAUCUUCCCCAAUACCGACAGCCAAUCUCCCCUGGCGGAUUUCAAGGUGGACUAUCCGUCCUCAUGGAAUCCCGCCCCGUCCAUCAUUUCCCGCCUUGUCCACCUAGAUCGGAUCUCGGAUGUUGACACCAAGACCCCUUUCACAAAUCACCCCUCAACACACUCUCAAACACAGACAAAAUACACGAAGCCAGCUCACUCUGACUCGAAUUCGUUUCCGAAUACGUCUUGUCUUACUCCCAAGAUACAAAUCUUAUUCGAAUUCAUCACUGCCAGGCAACACGACGACAACGGGGACAUCCUUGAAACUGUGGUUGAUGGCCAAGUACACUCCGUACGAAGCGCAUGUUUAUCAUCCUCGCCCCAUGUCGCCGUCGUUGUCACUGCCAAACUGUCCGUCGUAACAGGCGGCGGGGGAGGGGAAGAGCCAUUGACGCCGCCUCAUCUUCUCAACAGGGGCCCCAUGGAUUCGGGACCUGCAACCCGUCCAAAAACCAAGGCAGCCAAACCAUCUGAAUAUGACAGCGCCCGCGGAAUGUCUCGGGGCGUAUCGCAUAGUGUAGCAGCGAGAAGCCGUACGGGCCCCGAACAUCACGCGGUCUCUCCCGCCCGCCGCGCAGUCGUCGCACGUGGUGUGGGACCGCCCUACUCGUCCUCCUCGCCCUUCCGAGUUCCCUCCCUCCCUGCAGAGACUCGAGACGCCGAAAGUGAGACCUUCCUCCUCCGCAAGACCUUCCGUAGGACCUUGUUUUAUCCAGCUCGAGGCUAUCGCGUGGGUCCCGCGAUCGAGAUCUAG